AUGACCCGUGUCCUGCUGUUCUGGCUGCUCCUGAUCCUGACUCCCCCUUCCCAAGGCCACCGUCUCGGCCCCAAGUCUCGCUUGCGUUAUUCCAGGUUCCUUGAUUCAUCUAAUGACGUGUUCCUGCGCUGGGACUUUGACCUUGAGGCUGAGGUCAUCACAUUUGAACUGCAGGUCCAGACAGCUGGCUGGGUUGGCCUCGGUGUCACAAAUCGCUACACCAACGUGGGAGGUGAUCUGGUAGUUGGCGGGGUCUUGCCUGGUGGCAACGUCUAUUUCUCGGAUCAGCACCUGAAGGAUGAAGACACCCUGGAGGAGGACGGGAGUCAGGAUGCGGAGCUGCUGGGACUCACAGAAGACGCUGUCUAUACCACCAUGCGUUUCUCCAGACCUUUCCGCUCCUGUGAUCCCCACGACCACGACAUCACGAGUGACACUGUGCGGGUGUUGGCUGCAUAUGGCCAGGAUGACACGCUGAAGCUGGACCGGGAUCACAUCUUUGUCAAGUCCAUCUUCCUGCUGCAGAUCAUCCACCCCGAUGACCUUGAAGUCCCUGAGGACACUAUUAUCCACGACCUGGAGAUCACUGAUUUCCUCAUUCCAGAAGAUGACACCACCUACGCCUGUACCUUCCUUCCUCUGCCCAUCGUAAGCAAGAAACAUCACAUCCACAAGUUUGAACCCAAACUGAUCGACCACAACGAGAGUAUGGUUCACCACAUCCUAGUGUAUGCCUGCGGCAACGCCAGCGCCCUCCCCACCGGCAUCAGCGACUGCUAUGGAGCGGACCCGGCCUUCUCGCUCUGCUCCCAAGUCAUUGUUGGCUGGGCGGUCGGCGGCACAAGCUACCAGUUCCCGGAUGAUGUGGGCAUCUCUAUCGGGACCCCACGGGACCCCCAAUGGAUUCGGCUGGAGAUUCAUUACAGCAAUUUCCACAAUCUCCCUGGUAUUUACGACUCGUCCGGGAUCCGUGUGUACUACAGCCCACGGCUGCGCAGAUACGACAUGGGUGUCCUCCAGCUGGGUUUCUUCACCUUCCCCAUCCACUUCAUCCCCCCGGGGGCCCAGUCCUUCCUGUCCUACGGGCUGUGCAAGACCGAGAAGUUCGAGGAGAUGAACGGGGCCCCGGUACCCGACAUCCAGGUGUAUGGCUACCUGCUUCAUACUCACCUGGCAGGCCGGGCUCUGCAGACAGUACAGUACAGAAACGGAUCCCAGCUGCGAACCAUCUGUAAAGACGACGCCUAUGACUUCAACCUACAGGAGACUCGGGAUUUACCUGAGCGCUUGGAGAUCAAGACUGGAGAUGAGCUACUGGUGGAGUGUCAGUAUCAGACGCUGGACAGAGACACCAUGACUUUCGGGGGGCCCAGCACCAUCAAUGAGAUGUGUCUCGUCUUCCUCUUCUACUACCCCCGGAACAACAUCUCCAGCUGCAUGGGCUAUCCUGACAUCAUCUAUGUGGCCCACGAGCUGGGGGAAGAGGCAUCCGACUCCAUGGAGGGCAUGAUGGCCAUGAACAACGUUGAGUGGACCCCAGAGAGCAUUAAGAAGGCAGAGAAAGCCUGCAAGGAGGCUCAGCAGACAGUGAUCAUAAAGACCAUUGAUGAGGUGGUGGAGAAUACAACAGGCUGGAUCCGAGACAUCCUCCCUACUCCCCGGGGGCCCUGCUUGGAGUCCACUGGCGGCAAGGUGGAGCCCCAGGACAAGACCCCUGCGGGUUUCAGGGCCAGCCCAUUGGUCCUUUCCAGUUCCAGCACCACUGCCCCCAAAGGUCUCCCACCGGUGACCCUCCUGUUCACACAGAACCAUUCGGUGAGCGUUGGCCCAGAGCCAUUGGCUUCACCACAUGGACUGCAGCUAGCGGCAUGUAUUUCCAGGGAGGGUGAAAGGCGAGCCAGGCUCUGCGAGAGCAAUCGGGUACCCACCGAACCCGGCUGA